UGGCAUUCUCCUGACAGGAAAUUUUCUCCCUUCCAAAAGUUGUCGGGCACGGUGCCCGCUCCUCUCGAUCUCCCGGGCAUCCAGCCCACCGCCUCACCGCCCCGCCCUCCACUUCUAGGCCAUGGAGCCAGAGCUAGCGACUCAGAAGCAGCCCCAGCUGCGGAGGCGAAGCCGCCGGGCCUCUGGGCUCAGUACGUCAGGCGCCACUGAGCCUUCGGCCAACACCCCUAAGCCGGGGGCAGAUCCCGACAAGAGAUACUCCCUUCGGAGAGGUAGCUCCUUCACAUUUUUAACACCUGGCCCCCACUGGGACUUCUCUUUGAAAAGAAAACGAAGAGAGAAAGAUGAUGAUGUUGUAAGCCUCUGCAGCCUUGAUCUUAAGGACUUUCAGAGAAGCCCUGUUGCCUUCCCUCUGCUUCUUGCAUAA